CCUUGGUGUAACUUUUAAAUAUGGCGGUUCUGUUGGAAACAUCUCUCGGACAACUUGUACUGGAUUUGUAUUGCGAUGAGAAGCCACGAACGUGUACAAACUUCAUUAAACUUUGCAAAAUGAAGCACUAUAACUUAUGCCUUUUUCACAGUGUGCAGAAAAAUUUGGUCGCUCAGUCUGGGGAUCCUACUGGAACAGGUCAUGGCGGUUGGUCUUUUUUCAAGUACUUGUAUGGUGAGCAGGCACGAUAUUUUGAUGCUGAGAAGAAACCAAAAAUUUCACACACACGUAAAGGGUUAGUUUCCAUGGUGGACAACGGAUCUGGACAGCAUGGUUCUCAAUUCUUCAUAACUUUGGGAAAUGAUCUCAAUUACUUGGAUGAUACGCAUACGGUUUUCGGCUAUAUUGCCGAGGGAAUGGAAUUCGUUGACAAAAUAAAUGAAGUGUACUGUGAUAAAGAUUGCCGGCCGUUUCGGAAUGUGAGAAUACAUCAUACAUUUGUUCUUCACGAUCCAUUUGACUCUCCAAAAACAAUUCGUUAUCCUGACUCUCCACCCUCAAUCAAUGUCUCGGCAUUUGACACUAGAUUAGAAGAGGAUGAAGAACUAGAUGACACUGAAGGACUUUCACCCACACAAGUGGACGAACUGAAGGCAGAACAAGAAGUUAGAACUCAUACCCAGCUUCUUACGCUGAUAGGCGAUUUACCGGAUGCAAAUGUUAAACCCCCAAAUAAUGUACUUUUUGUCUGUAAACUUAACCCCGUAACCACAAGUGAAGAUUUGGAGAUCAUUUUCAGUCGGUUUGGUGACAUCAAAUCAUGUGAAGUUAUUAGGGAUAGACGUACUGGUGCUUCCCUUCAGUAUGCUUUCAUAGAAUUUGAGAAAGAGGCUGAUUGUGAAGAUGCAUAUUUCAAAAUGGACAAAGUUGUUAUUGAUGAUAGACGUAUCCAUGUGGAUUUCAGUCAGUCAGUCGCUCGUGAAUGGCAGUCUUACAGAAAAGAUAAAGUUGCACGCGUUCAACCCCAAAAUACUUCCAAGUCAAAAGACUCACGGGAUGUAAAACGACCUUUUUUACCGAGAUCACCUGAACGAAAUAGCAAAAGAAAUCAUCCUCAGCAUUCUCGUAGCGGUGAAAAUAAGAAAAAGAGACAUAGUCCGAUAAGACAGGAUUCUCCAUCUGUAUUAGGUGAAGGAUAUGAUUUGGUAAUAUCAGAUGAGUCUGAUUCUUCGUUAGUGUCAGCGAAAUCCAAAGAGACACAUCAUAGCUCAAGCAAGUCAUCCAAAACUCAUCGCAAGAAACACGAGAGAAAAAGGAAACAUAAGCAUCAUUCACGAUAUUAACCAUUGUAAAAAACUUUCGUAUUUGUUAUUGUAUAUUAUUCUCAUUAAUUCGCAUGAUACUUAUAUUUUGUAAAUUAUAAAUUCAUUGUUUUCUAAAAAA